AUGGACAAAGACACGAUGGGCGUCGACGAGGUGCCCGAGGUCGAUGCCGCGCCCGCGCAGCGCGUGAGCGUGAUGGACCACAAGGCGUUUGUCGACAAGUACCUCGCGGAUUUGGGGCAGGAGGAGGCUGAUUUCCAGGUGUGCCACUGGCCGAUCAAGUCGUGGCACGCGCUCGAGAAGCGCAUUACCGGCCCCGAGUUUGAGUGUGGCGGCCACCGCUGGCGCAUCCUCCUGUUUCCGUUUGGCAACAGCAAUGGACAGCCGUACGAUAUGGUGUCGGUGUACCUCGACUAUGCGGAUAGCAAGGACACACCCGAGGGAUGGCACGCGUGCGCGCAGUUCGCGCUGGUCAUCUCGAACCCCAACGACCCGACGCUCUUCUCGACGAGCCAGGCGCACCACCGCUUCACUGCGGAGGAGAUGGACUGGGGCUUUACGCGCUUCAACGAGUUCCGCAAGCUCGCGGUGCCGCUCGACAACCGCGUGCGCCCGAUCAUCGAGGACGACCAGGCAGUGGUCUCGGCGUUUGUGCGCGUCUUGAAGGACCCUACCGGCGUUCUCUGGCACAACUUUAUCAACUACGACUCCAAGAAGGAGACGGGGUACGUCGGUAUGAAGAACCAGGGCGCGACGUGCUACAUGAACUCGCUCCUGCAAUCGCUCUACUUUAUCAACUACUACCGCCGCGCCGUGUACCAGAUCCCGACGGAGAACGACGUGCCGUCGGACAGCGUCGCGCUCGCGCUGCAGCGCGCAUUCUACCUGAUGCAGACGUCCGACCACCCGGUCGGGACCACGGAGCUGACCAAGUCCUUUGGCUGGAAGUCGCUCGACUCGUUCCUGCAGCACGACGUGCAGGAGUUCAACCGUGUGCUCCAGGAGAAGCUCGAGACAAAGAUGAAGGGCACGGAUGCCGACGGCGCCAUCUCGGACCUGUUUGUGGGCAAGAUGAAGAGCUACCUGCGCUGCGUGAACGUCGAGUACGAGUCGUCGCGCACCGAGGACUUUUACGACAUCCAGCUCAACGUCAAGGGAAUGCCGAACCUCGAGGCGUCUUUCUGGGACUACAUCCAGGUCGAGAUGCUCGAGGGCGACAACAAAUACCAGGCCGACGGCUACGGCCUGCAGGACACCAAGAAGGGCGUCAUCUUCGAAAAGUUCCCUCCCGUCUUGCACCUGCAGCUGAAGCGCUUCGAGUAUGACAUGGAAAAGGACACCAUGGUCAAGAUCAACGACCGCCACGAGUUUCCCCUCUCGAUCGACCUCGCGCCGUUCGUCGAGAAGGAGCACCAGAACGAGCCGUGGGUAUACAAGCUGCACGGCGUCCUGGUCCACUCGGGCGACCUGCACGGCGGCCACUACUUUGCGCUCAUCAAGCCCGAGCGCGACAGCGGCUGGUUCAAGUUUGACGACGACCGCGUCACGCCCGCGACCGAAAAAGAGGUGCUCGAGGACAACUACGGCGGCGAGCUGCUCACGCCGGGCGCCGCCAAGGGCAACCUGUCGGCCACCGCGCCGGUGCGCACCAUGAAGCGCUUCACCAACGCCUACAUGCUCGUCUACAUCCGCGAGUCGGAAAUCGGCGAGAUCCUCAAGCCGUUUGGGCCGGAAGACACGCCGCCGCACCUGCGCGAGCGCCUUGAAGAGGAGCGCCUGCAGAUGGAGGCGCGCCGCCGCGAGCGCGAGGAGCAACACCUCUACCUCACCGUGCGCAUCGUGACCGAGGACAUCUUUGCGUCGCACCAGGGCUUUGACCUCGCGACGUUUGACGACCGCGUCACGAAGCCGACCGAGCUGCCGACGUUCCGUGUGCUCAAGACGGAGCCGUUUGUGCACUUCAAGGCGCGCCUCGCGCAGCAGUACGACCUGCCCGAGCAGGCGAUGCGCCUCUGGGUGCUGGUCAACCGCCAGAACAAGACCGUGCGUCCUGACACGGUGGUGCCCGAGAGCGAUCCCGCGCUCACCAUGGAGACGGUGCGCGACCGCAUGGCCUCGCGGCAGCACGACCUGCGCCUCUUCCUCGAGGUGCUGCAGCCAAACGCGCUCGCGACGACGCACCUCGACAUCGCGGCGCCCGGCAACUCGAUCAUGAUUUUCCUCAAGUACUUUGAUACCUCGCGCCAGUCGCUUCUCGGCGUGACGCGUAUGUAUGUGCAGCGCCAGAUGAAAGUCGGCGACCUGAUCCCGACGAUCAACGAGCUGAUGCGCUGGCCGCCGACGACGCAGGUGAAGCUCUUUGAGGAGAUCAAGCCCGGCAUGAUUGAGCAGCUCAAGCCCAAGGCGACCUUUAUCCAGAGCGAGAUCCAGGACGGCGAUGUGAUCUGCUUCCAGAUCGAGCUCUCGGAGAAGGACGCGAGCGACUACGAGCUGCAGUCGCUCUACUCGAACCCUGUGCAGUUCUACGACUUUUUGCAGAACCAGGUGCGCCUGCUGCUCAAGCCGCGGUUCAAGGACACGCCAUACACGGACGAGGUCGAGCUGACGCUCAGCAAAAAGAUGACCUACGACAUGCUCGCGGCCAAGGUCGGCGAGCGCCUGAAGCACGAUCCGCUGAAGCUGCGCUUCACGACCGCGAACGGCCCCAACGGCACGCCGCGCACGGUGCUCAAGCGCACGGCGAACCAGACGAUCAACGAGAUCAUCCAGACGUCGUACCUGCAGGGCCCCGCGAGUCUCUUGUACUACGAGCUGCUCGACGAGAGCAUCAUUGAGCUCGAGACGAAGCGCGCGCUCAAGAUUACGUGGAUGGGCGCCUACAACAAGGAGGACUCUACCCCGCAUCCCUUCCUCCUGCCCAAGACGGCGACAGUCCACGACGUGGCCGACCAGCUCGCGAAGCUCGUCGAGCUCCGUCCGGACGGCACGCAAAAGAUCCGCAUCUUUGAGUCGGCGGCGCUCGGCAAGCAGCAGCGUGAGCUGUCCCCGACUGACACGGUGAACGCCAUCCCGGACGGCGUCGAGCUCUUUGCCGAAGAGGUCUGGCCCGAGGAGCUGGCUACGGGCGAGGACGACAAGCUGGUGCCCGUGUGUCACUUUACCAAGGACAUUAUGCGCACCCACGGCGUCCCCUUCAAGUUUGUGCUGAAGAAGGGCGAGCGCUUUGCAGACACGGCCAAGCGCCUGCAGGAGCGCAUGCAGGUCCCGGAGAAGGACUUUGCCAAGUACCGCUUCGCCCUCGUCCAGCUCUCCCAGUACAAGCAGCCGAUGUACCUCGAGGACGACGACGUGCUGUUCGACCACAAGUUCCUGCCGGACGACGUGGUGGGCGUCGACCACAUCGACAAGAGCGGCCGCGCCAACCGGUACGGCCAGACCGCCGCACAGGACCGCGGCAUCCGGAUUCGUAACUAG